CAUAUCCCCCUCUCUCUCCUCUCAAAUAAAUAAAGCCCUUUCCCUAUGAAGGUGAAGAAAUACAGUUGUAAUCCUCUCUCUCUCCUCUCUUCUCUUCUCUUUGUUAUAUAUACACACAUAUAUAUAUGUGUGUGGAUUAUAUAUUUUGUACUACUAGUAUACUAUUGAUGAGCUUGUAUCGAUGUCCAAUGAUGUUCUAGCUGGAGUCUGGGGAGCUCAUUCAUAUCUUCUGGGCUUGCUGUUUAUGUUGAUUUACUUCACACGGAUCGAGGAAUACAGAGAUUGGAUUCAUCACCACACUUGUUUUUGUCUUUUUGGGGCUUGCAUUCUCAUUCAUUCAACUUUCCCGCUUUCUCAGGGAAUGGAAUUCCUCUUCCUCUGAAUUAAGUGUUUCUCUCAUUUUCCGGGAAAAUUUAAACGAUGAAUUCCCGAGCCCCGAAGAGUUUGCAGACUAUGAAAGCUUCAAUUCAGCAUGAAAAAGGGAAGGUGGAAAUGCAGGGGAGCAGACUAAAGGAUGCCAGGAAAGCAACCAUAAGUAGGCACGGUGCAAUCAGAGAGAGAAAAAAGGCAUUACAAGAAGAUGUUGAUAAGCUAAAGAAGAAGCUUAGACAUGAAGAGAACGUUCACCGGGCAUUGGAGAGGGCGUUUACCAGACCCUUGGGCGCUCUACCUCGUCUUCCUCCUUAUCUACCUCCUUGUACACUGGAGCUUCUCGCUGAAGUGGCUGUUUUGGAAGAGGAGGUUGUGCGGCUUGAAGAACAGGUUGUGCAUUUCAGACAAGGCUUGUAUCACGAAGCUGUCUACAUUUCUUCCUCCAAGAGGAACAUGGAAAGUUUGGCUGAUUUAUAUGUCCCGUAUCCAAUUAAAGCUUCCAAACAGAAACAAUCCAAGUCUUCAGUUCAAAGUGAUGGCAAUCUUGCAACAUUCAUGGCUAGGAAUUCACCUCCUCUCCCUUGUAAUGGCUUGGAUGUUGAGCAAGGAAACAAAAACCAAUUGUGCAAUAAUUCCACGAAGAACAACAAGCAAUCCCCAAAUUCAAAAGCCGGCGUGAUAAAAAUUCCAGUAAAGAGACUGGAGAAGCAUUUAGACCCUCAGAAACAACAGCCAGAAUGCAGAGUUAUAGACCAUGAAAGUGCGGAAGCCAGAAGUUCUGUUAUUGGAGACGAGAGAUUAUGCGGAGAUGAUAGUCCAAACAAAAUUUCUGAGAAUAUUCUGAAGUGCUUAUCUAGCAUUUUCUUAAGGAUGAGCUCGUUGAAGAAUAGGAGAACCACCGAAGCAUUACCAUCCUUAUCGGCAUUAGCUUCAUAUGAAAGCUGUGAAGAAGCAGAUCUUAAGGAUCCUUAUAAUAUCUGUUCAAAAUUUGGAAAGAGAGAUAUUGGCCCAUAUAAGCAAUUAUUUGCCAUUGAAUCUACCUCAAUUAAUUUCAACCGGACAAUGAAUUCUAUGUUUCUAGUUCGUAGACUGAAACUCCUCCUUGGGAAACUUGCUUCGGUUGAUUUGAAAGGCCUCGGCCAUCAGGAGAAGCUUGCUUUCUGGAUCAAUAUUUACAAUUCAUGCAUGAUGAAUGCAUUUCUAGAGCAAGGAAUACCAGAGAGUGCUGAGAUGGUUGUUGCACUGAUGCAGAAGGCUACAAUAAAUGUCGGGGGGCACUUGCUUAAUGCUAUAACCAUAGAACAUUUCAUCCUGCGAUUGCCUUAUCACUCAAAAUAUACAUUUGCGAAAAAUGCAAGAAAAGAUGAGAUGACAGCAUGGAGCAUCUUCGGAUUGGAGUUAUCUGAACCAUUAGUUACAUUUGCACUCUCUUGUGGAAGCUGGUCCUCCCCUGCUGUGAGAGUGUACACUGCAUCUCAGGUUGAAAACGAACUGGAAGUGGCAAAAAGAGAGUACUUGCAGGCAGCAGUAGGCAUUUCACCAACAAAGAAGUUGUUAGCAAUCCCGAAGCUGUUGGAUUGGUAUCUAUUCGACUUUGCAAAGGACUUGGAAUCAUUGCUUGAUUGGAUUUGCCUCCAACUACCAAGUGAACUCGGAAAAGAAGCGAUUAGAUGCCUCGAGAGAGGAAAAGACGAGCCUCUUUCACAGUUUGUCCAGGUUAUGCCAUAUGAGUUCAGUUUCAGGUACCUUCUACAUACAUAAAUAAUUUUUCCCUCAUUUGAUCUUUUGUAUACAAAAUAUAAAGUAUCUGGAGGUAUGGGUUUGUACACAGCUAAAGAAUACAUAGUAAAAAAUGUAUAAUCUCUUCUCCCUUGUAAAUAAUUUUGAUUUAUUGCAGAAUAUUUUCUUCCAAAUAGGAGUUAUGGGUGUAACGAAAUUUUACACGAAAUAUGCAGAAUAUCAAGUACUUUUUCCCUUCAUA